AUGGCAGAAGCUGAAGAAAUCCUGCUCCAGCUUCAGAAGGACAACAGAGAUGGACGGCUGAGGAAGCAGGAGCUGGAGGAGCUGAUGAGGAUCCUAGAGACGGAAAGCGAUAGCCUGGUUCUGACACUGAGGAGCCUGAGGGAGCGCGAGCGCAGCCUUCAGCGGAGGCUGAACCAGGCAGCCGGGGCCCUCCGAGGGGAGGCCGAGGACGUGGUCAAGAGCCGAGCGGCCCGCACCCUGGAGCUCAUCGCUGAGGCUGCCGCGCAAAAGCUUAUCCUGGAGAGGAACAACCAGUUACUUCAAAAAGAAUGGGAAGAGCUUUCCAGUCAGCUGUUCUACUACGGGGGGGAGCUGCAAUGUCAGCGGAGGCAGCACCGGCGCCUGCAGGCGGAGCUGCUGAGCCUACAGGAACAGCUGGAGAUAAUGGAGUCGAGGUCCGUCCUCCAGGCGGAGGGGAUCCAGAAGCUGUGUGGGCCUCCACGGUCUGUAAAGGAUGGGCUGGAAUUCAGCAGCCAAGGAGGCAUCCCAAGUGUGUCAUCAGAGGAGCUGGGACCUUCUGAGAAGGCAGGCUUCCUCUUCACUGUCCUCUGCCCAUGGGAGGCCCACAGGGCCCAGGCCUUCGCCGUGUCCGAGCUCUUUUCCGGGCUGCUCGUGAAGGAGACUGGUGAGGACGAGGCCUUGGUGGUCCUUGGCAGGCUCAGCCUGGCUGUGGCGGGCCGUGGUCAGCUCUGUGAUUUCAGACUUGGGUUUCUGAAGAGGAUCAGGGCCUGGGGUCUCCUGUGUUGCUGGACCCAAGACCGGAUGUGGGCGGUGCUGGCCUCAACAGCCACUGGGUUCCAGGCGCACAACCAAGAUCUCAGAGGCCAUCCAGCUCAACAACCUCAUUGA